AACGACAUCGUCUAACGCUGACUUUCCUCCCUUUCUAAAAAAUAAAACAAGCCCUCUUUUAAACCCUACUCCACUGAGCUCAGAUCUCAACUCGCUCUGUCUCUCUCUACCUCACCUCCCCAAUGGCGAGUCGACUCGUUCUCGUCUCUCUCAUCUCUCUCCUCCUCUUCUCUCUUCUCGUCUCACCUUCCCUCUCUAAAUCUCCCGCCGGCGACGACACUGACGACGACGAAGACCUCACAUUCCUCGAAGAUGACGCCGGCGAAGAUGACGCCGCGUCUCAUGACGACUCCCACUUCUCAGAUCCAGAGCAUUCAGACGCCGAGUUCGACGACGACUUCAACUACGACGACUUCGACUCGCCGGCCGGAUCGGAGUUCGACGAGUACGGAUCGAGCGCCGAGUUUGACGAAUCGGACGUUGUUGUUUUGAACGGAGGCAAUUUCAGUGAGUUCAUCGAGAAGAAUAGGUAUGUGUUGGUGGAGUUUUAUGCGCCGUGGUGUGGUCAUUGUCAGGCAUUGGCACCGGAGUAUGCGGCUGCAGCAACAGAGCUGAAAGGAGAGAAAGUUGUGCUUGCGAAAGUCGAAGCGACAGAGGAGAGUGAAUUGGCGGAGAAAUAUGAAGUUCAAGGAUUUCCGACUAUUUAUUUCUUCGUCGAUGGCGUUCAUAAGGUGUAUGCUGGCCAAAGAACCAAAGAUGGUAUUGUAACUUGGAUCAAGAAGAAGGUAGGACCUGGUAUCUACAACAUAACCACUACAGAGGAUGCAGAACGCAUAUUAACAUCCGAGGAUAAAAUUGUUCUGGGAUACCUUAACUCGUUGGUGGGUCCUGAAAGUGAUGAGCUUGCAGCUGCUUCAGUACUUGAAGAUGAUGUUAACUUCUAUCAAACUGUGAAUCCCAGUGUAGCUAAGCUUUUCAAACUUGAAGAUAAUGUUAAGCUUCCUGCUCUAGUCUUGCUGAAGAAGGAGGCUGAGAAAGUGAGCCAUUAUGAUGGUCCUUUUGUCAAGUCAGCAAUAGCUGAAUUUGUUUUUGAAAACAAGCUUCCUCUUGUCACCACAUUUACUAGAGAAGCUGCUUCUUUAAUAUUCGAAAGCACCAUUAAGAAACAACUUUUGCUUUUCGCCACAUUAAAUGAUACAGAGAAGGUUCUACCCAUAUUUCAAGAAGCCGCAAAACAUUUCAAGGGGAAGCUUAUUUGUGUAUAUGUGCAAAUGGACAAUGAAGAUGUUGGAAAGCCUGUCUCAGAUUAUUUUGGUAUUACCGGAGAUGCUCCUCAAAUUCUUGGAUAUACAGGUAACGAUGAUGCUAGGAAGUUCUUUCUGUCUGGAGAAGUAACUGUAGAAAAUAUUAAGGCUUUUGGGGAAGACUUUGUGGAAGACAAGCUUAAACCAUUUUAUAAGUCAGAUCCAAUUCCGGAGACUAAUGACGGUGACGUGAAAAUAGUAGUUGGAAACAAUUUUGAUGAACUUGUGCUGGAUGAGUCAAAAGAUGUCCUUCUUGAGAUCUAUGCACCAUGGUGUGGACAUUGUCAAUCUCUUGAACCAACAUACAACAAGCUCGCGAAACACUUGCGGAGUGUCGAGUCUCUGGUGAUUGCUAAGAUGGAUGGUACCACAAAUGAGCAUCCUAGGGCAAAGUCUGAUGGAUUCCCAACGCUGCUCUUCUUCCCAGCAGGAAACAAAAGCUUUGAUCCAAUUACUGUAGAUGUUGAUCGAACAGUGGUUGCAUUUUACAAAUUCCUUAAGAAACAUGCAUCUGUUCCAUUUAAGCUCCAGAAACCGGCCACAACUCCAACAUCCCCGGACGCGGAGCCUGAGGCCAAGGAAAGUACAGAAGCCAAGCCCAAGAAUCUGAAGGAUGAAUUAUAAGUACUGUAACAUUCCAUAUUUUUGUAACACUAAGCUGUUUAGAAUUUACCUGAAAUGAGAUAGAACAACAGAUGGACAAAAGUAUAUAAUCUGAGGAAAAGAAUCCAAAUAUAAAUUAUAUCUAGCAUGUUACUCAGGUUCAACUCUAAAUGGUCAGAUGUCCAAAAACCAUGUACAAGCUAAUAACAACUCUUGUUCCUGAGUCUUAGAUACAUUUUUUUCCUCACCCCCAUAUGAGUAUUAUGAGAUUUAAACAGAGUUCAUCAAACUGAGUUUCUUAUCGUCUGGAGCAGGGCAUAGGAUAUCUGAGACUGUUCUGGUAUUGUAUUAGCUUCCAUGAUAGUCUAUGGCUUUUAAGUUAUGGGAGUCGAAUGGUGCAUGUCUAUUUUUGACUUGCUCCUCAGCAAGGAACUGUAAAAAAAUUAAGUUCCUCCAGAUUUUUGUAUGGUUAGUUGACUCCUAUAAAUUCGGAACUAGAUAUGUCAACUUUGUUGCUUCUGG